UGUGCCACUUUCGGGUCUCCUCACACUGCUGCCAGGUCCAUACUGAUUCAUGGCCCCCUGCCUCUGUAUGGCCUUCAAUUUAGGCUGCUUACGCUUCGCCACUCUGCCAUGGCCCCUGUACCGCCUCCUCUUGCUGCUGCCAGGUCCAGAGUGUGUCAUGGGUCCCUGUACGGCCUCCCAUUGCUGCUGACUUCAUCGCCAGACUCUGCCAUGUGCCACUUUCAGGUCUCCUUACACUGUUGGUGGGUUCCAUUUUGUGAUAGGGUGCUGUAUGGCCUUCCAUUGCUGCUGCCUCCACCGCCACCCUGCGCCAUGUGUCUC